AUGGAUUUUUCAGGGGUUUUCUUGGUUGUUUUUCUUUCGAUUUUGUCUGGAGCUCACGGCUAUGGCGGCGGUUGGACUGACGCUCAUGCAACCUUCUACGGCGGCAGUGAUGCCUCUGGAACUAUGGGCGGCGCGUGCGGGUACGGCAAUUUGUACAGCCAGGGCUACGGCACGAACACGGCGGCGCUGAGCACAGCCCUCUUCAACAACGGGCUGAGCUGCGGGUCCUGCUACGAGAUCCGGUGCGCCGGCGGCGGCAAGUCGUGCCUCCCCGGCUCGAUUCGGGUGACGGCGACCAACUUCUGCCCGCCGAACAACGCCCUGUCCAACGACGCCGGCGGGUGGUGCAACCCACCCCUCCGCCACUUUGACCUGUCUCAGCCCGUUUUCCAGCGCAUUGCGCAGUACAGGGCUGGGAUUGUCCCCGUUGCUUACAGAAGGGUUGCCUGCAGAAGAAGGGGUGGGAUUAGAUUCACCAUCAACGGCCAUUCUUACUUCAACCUCGUCCUCGUGACCAAUGUAGGCGGGGCUGGAGACGUGCACUCGGUCUGGAUCAAAGGGUCGAGGACCGGUUGGCAGCCAAUGUCCCGCAAUUGGGGCCAAAACUGGCAAAGCAACGCCUUUCUCAACGGUCAGAGCCUCUCGUUUAAAGUCACGACAGGCGACGGCCGAACGCUCAUCUCCUACAAUGCGGCCCCUGCCGGCUGGUCGUUCGGCCAGACGUACAGCGGAGCUCAAUUCCGUGAAGCCACAACUAGCUGGAACCGCACCAGACGACCAAAAUCUUCUCCCAGACGGACCGCCUCUAGAGUAGAGACUAGAGGCUGGCUGACGGCUCCCCCCACCUCUCCCACCGACAUCAAUCACAGUUCCAAUCGACACCAAUACCCGCACAACCUACCAGCCAAAAGAGCCUCACGAGUCACGCCCACCCUUCCGAACAAUUCUCGCCACCACAGACCCAUACUCCCAUCCACCCAAACAAGCCUAAAUCCCGACGACGAGAGAGGAGGGAAGUCUUACCUCAAUCCCGCCAUCACUGGGGAGGCGGAUCGGGGUAUGACGAGUUUGCUCGGCUCGGAAUUCGAAAAGCCUUGUGUAGCUGACAUAGGUGACUUGGCAGAAAUGGUAAAACUUACGCCCNNNNGGGGGGGGGGGGGGGGUCUUCGGCUCCAAGAGAGGCGAGUUGCACGGCCAGCGGCGGCUGGAACUGGGCUGAACGGAGGGUCCCGUGGAGAGGAGGCGGCGUUGGAGAAGGCCAGAACCUGCUGCGGCUAG